AUGUAUAUCCCGUCUAGAGAAUCUCAAGCGGCCGGCCAAGAGGCACAGAGGCAUCCUGGCGGACUGGAACAUAUCCUGCCAUGGAUCACGGGAUAUGGCGGCGAGGUUCAACGGUCGGGCAGAUUGCGUGCGAGGCAGUUCUCCAGUAACGCCGCGGACAAUACCAACAUACAGAUCGGUAUAGCGCUCGGCGUUAUUCUGGGCGUGUUCUUGAUUGGUCUCUGUGCCUUUCUUUACAUGUAUCGCUUUUCUAUACGGUUUUCGCAUGCGAGACAUAGACGGCGCGGCAAGUCGUCUAGGAGUUCGUCGAAGAGUACGGAAUCGGCACCGCCGCCGCCGCCUGCACCGGAGGGUGAACCUGCAAAGUAG